AUGGAGUUUGUGAAAGCCCUGGAAAAUCUUCAAGUAAAGGCUAGUUCUAGUUGUUUCAUCUGUAGUGACUACUUGAAGGACCCAGUGACCAUUAGUUGUGGCCACAAUUUUUUUUUCUCCUGCAUAACUAAGUUCUGGAAGGAUCUAGAUAUUUUCCCUUGUCCUAUUUGUUGAUUUUAUUCUCCUGAAAGGAAAUUCAGGAGUAAUAGCCAAUUGGGUAAUUUGUCUAAAAUUGCUAAACUACUUCAGGUAAGAAGAAGCAAGAGGAAGAAAUGGAGAGACAAGAUUGUUUGUAAAAAAGCAUAGUCUGCCUCUACUUUUUUCUGUCAGCGAGACCUUGAGGUUUUAUGUUCAAAAUGCAGUUUCUCCCCUGGUCACAGGAAGCACCACAUUUGGCCCGUUGCGGUGGCUGCUUCCUAUCAUAGGAAGAGAUUGGAGUUUUGAACUGCAUCAUGGAAGAAGAAAGUAAAACAAGCAGGAAAAGUGAUCAUUAUGCAAACCAGAAAAUCACUGGAGCUGAAAAAAAAAAUGUGGAAUUUAGAAGAGAGGAAAUAA